AUGGAAAACCAUACAACAGUGACCAUUUUCAUCCUGGUGGGACUCACAGAGGACCCCAAGUGGAAGAUUGUUUUGUUUAUCUUUCUACUUCUCACCUACUUGCUCAGCAUCUCAGGCAACCUGAUCAUCAUCACCCUCACUCUUCUGGAUUCCCAUCUCAAGACCCCUAUGUAUUUCUUCCUGCGAAAUUUUUCCCUCUUAGAAAUUUCUUAUACGACUGUCUGCAUCCCCAAAUUGCUUGUUUGCAUGGCAACUGGUGACAAAACCAUUUCUUAUAACUGCUGUGCAGCACAGUUGUUUUUUGCCUUCCUUCUGGGUGCAUCCGAGUUUUACCUGCUGGCUGUCAUGUCUUAUGACCGUUAUGUGGCCAUCUGCAAGCCUCUGCAUUAUACAACCAUCAUGAACUCCAAAACAUGCAUCCAGCUGGUCAUAGGCUCUUGGACUGCUGGUUUCCUGAUCAUUUUCCCGGGACUCAUUUUAGGACUUGGUUUAGAUUUCUGUGACUCCAAUAUCAUUGACCAUUUCUACUGUGACACUGCUCCUCUGCUGCAAAUCUCCUGCACAGAUACACGCUUGCUGGAAAUGAUGAGUUUCAUCCUAGCUUUGGUGACUCUCCUGAUCACUUUGGUAUUAGUGAUUUUAUCAUACACCUAUAUUACCCUCACAAUUCUAAAAAUCCCUUCGGCCAGCCAAAGAAAGAAGGCUUUUUCCACAUGUUCUUCUCACAUGAUUGUCAUCUCCCUCUCAUAUGGCAGCUGCAUCUUUAUGUACAUCAAACCCUCAGCCAAACAGAGGAUAUCCUUGAUGAAGGGAGUUUCUGUGCUCAAUACCUCUGUGGCCCCACUUUUGAACCCAUUCAUUUAUGCUCUAAGAAACCAGCAGGUGAAACAGUCAUUUAAAGACUUGCUGAGAAGAAUUCUAUCUUCAUCUCAGAAGUAG